ACUUGCCGUGUGUGUGUUGGGGGAGUGACUUUGCUCUUGUCUCCACACCAAAGCUGGAGCUGCUUCCAAAGAAUUCCCUGCCAUCCUGUGUGUGGGACAUAAAGCAAACCAUCUCCACCAGCUGUCACCAUGCCUGAGACUGCAGAGAGCCACGCUGCCGUCCUCCCCACCAACCGCAACUGUACUGUAGAGAUCACCAAUGUCAGCUCCUUCUUUUGUCUUCACAACCCAAAGGUGUACAUGGACAGCGGCUUCAGCUUCAGCCCUCCUCAGCCCACUGUGCGCACCGCCAAAACCGAGGUGUGCUCCUUCACCAAGGACGACAACACGGCGUCGGGUGCUGUGGGCAUCCUGACCUACGAGCUAUUCGACAUGCGCAACCGCCACUGCAAUGAGCUGGUCGCCAUCAUGUUCUCAGUGCCCUUUGACUACAACCUCUACAAGAACUGGCUGGGAGUGGGCAUCUUCGAGCACACACGCCCCUGCGAUGAGAAGCUUUACAAGCACAUGUACUAUGAGAAAGAUUUCACCAACUUUGUGCGCCAAGAGGCCAAUGGCUCGGGGGUGAUGUACGCUGGGAGGAUGGUGGACGCGAGGGCCACCAUGUCCAGUGAGGGCAGGGCCAUCAUUAAGGUGGAGCUCUAUGAUAAAAUGGGCAGAUGAGACUUCGUCAUGGUGCCCUGAGAAUAUAAAAUGUUAAAGUCACAAAUCAAAUAAAUUGGUUCUGUGGUAUCAGCAUUCUGGUUGUAAGUCAGAAUCCAGUCAACAGAGAUGGAGAUGUUGCCAAAUUUUUUGAAGGAUUUGGUCAGCAGCUCACAUGUUUUGUGUACUGAAUGAAUAAUAAUAAUAAUAAAAAUUAAAAAAA